AUGGAGACGACGAGCCGCCGGCCAUGGGAGACAAACCUCCCGCCUAGUCUCCCCCAGACCACUCAGACUCUGCCCUCGAUAGCUUCGCUGACUUCGAAGCUGCCCGCCCCUCUAGCCGAUAGAGGUCAGUCAGAUCUCUCCAUUCACCCACCGCAGAGAGACUCGGGCAGCUGGAUGACGCCCGGUUCUUCUGCGCAUUCGACCAAUUCCAUGCCAUACCUGAAUUCGGCCCAUUCUCCUACCGGCCCGGGACACUCCCCCUUCACGCCGGAACAUCCUUCAGCUCCUCCGGCGCCUUUCAAUGGUGCGAUGCACCACCACUCGAACGGACUGCCGCCGCCGAUUACCGAUCCCCACGCCCACCGAGGCAGCGGCGAUUUCGACGAUUCGAGGAGGAGCAGUGUGACGAACAGCAUCCAUCACGGCAUGAACAACCUGGGACUGGGACAAACCUCGCCGUACACAAGCAACAAUGCGUCACAGACCUCGCUCGUAUCGGACCUGCAACGGGAACGAGGCAUCCAAACCAAUGGAUAUUCCGGGGGUCGGUACUCAACCAUGAAUGGGCCAAUCUCCUCGUUCAAUUCCAGUCGCGGCGGGGGGCGGAGUUUUGCUGCUGGACGAGUUGCUCCUCCAAUCUUGGAAAACCCGAAGCAGGAAGUGUACAGCGCAGAAGCUCCCACUCGCGGUCAAGCCUACGCGUUCCCGGAUCCAGAUGCCCCUCGACCCCAAGGAGGACCGCCCUCAACGUUUUCGCGGCGGAACAGUAUUGCCGAGUCCUUUACGAGCAGCGUUCUGACGGUAGAAUCGUCCAGGCUACCGAUCGGCCAGCAAGAACUCCCAGACGCCCACCACCACACGCUGCAACACAAACAAAUCGACAGUCUCCGGGGCGACCCCGACUCGCCGAAUAGCACUACGCCAUACAGCCGGACGCCCGAACUACGAGUGACCCACAAGCUUGCCGAGCGUAAGAGACGGAGUGAGAUGAAGGACUGUUUUGAGCAGCUGAGGUCGCGGCUGCCCACGAGUCAGAACAACAAAUCCAGCAAGUGGGAAACAUUGUCAAGGGCCAUUGAUUACAUCACACAGCUGGAAAACCAGACUAAACAACAGCGAGCGGACUAUGAAAACCAGCGCCUGAAGAUUGCCGAGCUGGAGGCGAAGAUGCACGAGAUGAGUCAACAGUUGCGCGGCAUACAGCAGCCGCAGGGCUCCUUUCCUCCGCCGCCGAGCGCGAUGCCUCAGAGUCCGCUAGGGUACGCAUCGCAUUACAACGGCCACAUCGAGGGCCCGAAUGAGUCCGCACGGACGCUACCACCCAUAAUGACCAACUCGUCAAUGCAAGGCAUACAGUAUUCGGAUGAAAGGCGCUAA